AUGCACUGGGCGUAUAGUCGAAAGCUUGAGAUUGCACUUGACGACAUCGAUGCAAGCUGCCCCCUGCUGCUCCAGCUUUGGGUCUUCGGCGACGCACAUGAAAUCCCACUACUCCAGAACGAUGUCAUGACAGCACUCCAUCGAAUUGUUUCCAAGGACUGGGCAAUCCCCGAUGUAAGAGAUAUCAACUACGUGUACGAGAACACCAUGCGGCAGAGCCCACUUCGUCGAUUCCUCAUCGACGUCUACGCUGCUACUUGCAACUCCGACUCGUUCGAACGGUAUGGUGAGAAGCUUUCUUGGUGCAAGGACGCUCUGCUCGAUUUAUUGCAGGUCGUCUGGCGUGAAGGGUGGCAUAGAGAAGCCGAGGCGGAUUUCGGGAAAUGGGAUUUGCGCAAGUAUCAUGUCCACGAGCAGGGAGUCGAAUGCGGUGGUUCGGAAGCACGUUAA